UUCAAAGAUCUUCUUCUAUUCUUCAGUAAUGAACCUGGACCCUCACACACAGAGGAAAGGAAGAGGAGUCAUGUUUCUGAGGAGGAGCAGUCGUCCUGCUGUGCUUCGUGUCAGGAUGUCCUGAAGGAUCCAGUCUCCACCAGCUGUGGACACUGGUUCUGCAGACAAUGCAUCACCUCAUACUGGGACCAGUCUGGUUCUUCAGGAGACUCCUCCUGUCCCCAGUGUGGACAAAGAUCCAGAACAGGAGCUGGAGCUCAGACAGCCGAUCGUGGUCUGCAGGAGGUUUCAGAUGAACAUAAGCUCAGUCUGAGGAGAAGAUGUUAACAUGUGCCUGAAGGAAGUGAUGCAACAGGAAGUAGAACCCUCCUCAAUAGGAUCUACACUGAGCUCUACAUCACAGAGGGACAGAGUGAAGAGGCUAAUACUCAACAUGAGGUGUGGCAGCUUGAGACGGCUUCCAAGAUGAAGAUCCUCCACAACACUCCCAUCAAGGUCCACGACAUCUUUAAAGCCUCCACUGACCAGCAGAGCAGUAUCAGAGUCGUCCUGACCAACGGCGUCGCUGGCGUUGGAAAAACCUUCUCGGUGCAGAAGUUCACUCUGGACUGGGCAGAGGGUUUAGAGAACCAGGAUGUGGGUCUGCUGGCUGUGCUUUCGUUCAGGGAGCUGAACCUGGUGAAGGACCAGCAGCACAGUCUUCUCACGCUGCUCCAUGUUUUCCAUCCAGCGUUACAGAAGCUCACGGCAGAGACGCUCGCUGUCUGUAAACCUUUGUUCAUCUUUGACGGCCUGGAUGAAAGCAGACCUUCUCUGGACUUCAACCACAGGGAGCUUGUGUCUGAGGUCACACAGAGGUCAUCAGUCAACGUGCUGCUGACAAACCUCAUCCGGGGGAAUCUGCUUCCCUCGGCUCUGGUCUGGAUAACCUCCAGACCUGCGGCGGCCAAUCAGAUCCCUCCUGCAUGUGUUGACAGGGUCACAGAAGUACGAGGCUUCACUGAGGCCCAGAAGGAGGAGUACUUCAGGAGGAGAUUCAGUGAUGAAGAGCUGUGCAGCAGAAUCAUCUCACACAUCAAGACGUCCAGGAGCCUCCACAUCAUGUGUCAAAUCCCAGUCUUCUGCUGGAUCAGUGCUACAGUUCUGGAGCACAUUCUGACCACAGACCAGAGAGGAGAGCUGCCCAAGACCCUGACUGACCUGUACUCACACUUCCUGCUGGUUCAGACAAAGAGGAAGAACAACAAGUACGGUGAGGGACAUGAGACGACUCCACAGCAGCUGACGGAGGCUGACAGGGACGUUCUCCUGAAGCUGGGGAGGCUGGCACUUAAACAUCUGGAGGAAGGAAACAUCAUGUUCUACCAAGAAGACCUGGAGCGGUGUGGUCUUAAUGUCACAGAGGCCUCGGUGUACUCAGGAGUUUGUACUGAGAUCUUCAGAAGAGAGUGUGCGAUCUUCCGGAAAUCAGUCUACUGCUUUGUUCAUCUGAGUGUUCAGGACUUUCUGGCUGCAGUUUUCUCUGGGCUCUCGAGCUUCCUCCACAAUCCCAAAGCCACAAUCCCAAAGACAUGGCGAUUGGAGUUAGGUUGA